AUGUCUUUUCUGGAACAGUAUACAUCCUCGCCCUCUCCCGCUCUUCCUUCAUCCCAGACCUCUUCACGGCCCUCGACCUCCCAGUGGUAUCAUGAUCAGAUCUUGCGGGAACUACCAUUUAUAUCUGGAGCCUCAAGAAGUCGAUCAGGCAGUCCUUCCAGGUCUCGAAACAACACUGGCACCCAGACUCCCAAACGCCUAUCGGUACUCGGCCAGCGUUCGCGAAGCGACACUGCCAAUUCUUCCAAUCUAUCCCCUGCCUCGUCUAUGACAUCGUCGAAACGAUCCUCUCACGACGGAAGCAAGGGUGUCUUUGAUUUUGUCUUGCCGCUUGAAAAGGAAGAAAGCUCGAGCAAGUCGUUCUUCUCCCGCGGUAAUCGCAUCCUCAGACGCCAGGGAAAGCAAAUGCACAGGCUCAAGAGCAAGUAUCUCGGGAGCCUUUCCACUUUCUACCACAUCACUCCACACCAGCCGUGGCCAGUUACCACCAUUUGCCUCACACUCAUCCUCAAUGAUCUCGCUACCCGAAUUCUCCCAUCAUCCGCGCCUCUCAACGGCCAAACUCUGAGCUUAAAGGGCAUCCAUGCUCAGAACCUGUCAUAUCGACCAUACACCGCCGAGGAGGAGUCAGAUUGGACUCUUGACAUCCUCGCCCCCGAUGCUCCAUCUCUCUUUACUCGCAGCCCCCCCGGAUCACCGCGAACUGCAAUGAUGAACGUCACCUCGCCAGAUUCCCGACCGCUGCGAAUGCCACGUUCGGUAGAAAACUUCUCUCGACCAGUUUCUAGAGUUGUACGACAUCCAUUCUCACCCCCUAUGGUACCACCGCCUAGAAGAUCGUCGAAGAUGGCAAUGAGUCCCAAAUCAGGCGGUCAAGCAAUCGACCCAGCCGAAGAGCUUAUGGGGUUGAAUGGUCUAUCCCUAUCUCCAGUGGAGGAUGGGUCGAUCAACAACAUCGUUGGAUACGCUGUGUCGCCGCCAGCGCCAUGCCCUGUCGCAGAACCGAUUGAAGAGAUUGGACGUGCAUUUAGCCCUGACGAAAAUAACACCGCCUCCACUAAGCCCUCUCCGCUCGUCCAGAUCAGCGGAGUCAUCGAAGACAACGAACCACAGGACAGUCAUGUCAUAGCUUUCGACCCUGCUCCAUACAACGCUCAUAUGGAACCUGAACUUGUUGAGAUGCCCUCUGAGGCAAAGAAACCAGCUCUAUACUUGAGCCCACUCAAAGAAACCCGAUUUGAGUACGAAGAUAUGCACUCGCCCAUCCUUCCACCCGAGCAACCACGCAAGCUGCUACCACCUGUCGAGCCAAAGAGUCCCGCUGGAGCUGUCGGGAUGCACGCAUCUAACGAUUCCUGGGAGGCCGACAUCGACUACUGCUAUGAGCAUGCCGCUGAAUCGAACUCAAAUUUCGACUGGAACCGUAACUCGUCCGAAGAAAAUCGAGACCGCGAAUGUUCGAACCUUGGAAAGUGCGAAACCUCGGGUGGUUUCAAGUCCAACACCAGUUCGUUUUAUCUCCACCCCUUGGACACGACCACCUCCGGCCAGACCACGCCAGAGCUCCAGCCAUCAUCCGGAAUCUCGGCUUCAACAAGAACUGAAAGUGAUGCUGCCAGCCCAGCUAUUUUUAAUCACCCCUUCGGAACGUUUCCGUCAAGCGCUGAGUCGCUUGACAAGAAACCCAGGACGAGCGAAAUCCAAGUUUUGGAGACUCAUUUCGAGGAUGUAUCACAUGACUCUGUCUACACUCACGUGAUAUCUGAUAUCGACGAAGACGACGAGUAUCACAUCGACGGGCCAGCGUACGUUCGCACCGGUUCCUCUCCUCUUAGCAAGUGCAACUCCCAGGAGAGCAUGAUGCUGUCCCGUGCUGCCUCUAUCGUCCGCAAACAUCGCUCGUCAACCUCCACCAACAGCGUUCCAGACCUCAUCCACAGCCCCAACUGCAGCCGCGAGAUGGUCGAUCGCGAGGUCCCAACUAGCCCACUAGCUGAAAGACCAGCGAUGCCUAUCUAUUCGAGGUCUCACCCAGUUGGCCGCGAAGCAAUGCCUAGAAUGCCAUUUGCAUCUUUCUCUGGCGUCGAGCCUACUUCCAACCCAUCCCCUGCGAUGCAUGACCGCUCCAAGUCUGCAUCCGUCCUCGAGUCCACAGAAUGUCACUCGUCAGAACUCCACCAGUCAAACGAACGUCCUCACUCUGACUCGCGGG